GUCACGCGGCAGUCCUGUGACACUGUUUCUGUUGACUUCCAGUUCUGCUUCCACAAAGUACUGAUUUAAGACGACCCGAGGUUUGAACUCUAAUCAAGAAUAACUUAAACCUUUUAAAGUUGUUUGAGAAUGGCUAAAAACGGGGACGACAACGAGAGCACCCCUCUGCUGGACUCUGGGAACAGCAGAGCGUCCCCCCCAUCUAUUUUCGAGGGAAGAAAACUAGCAUGUGCAGCCAUCCUGCUGGCUGAAUCCCUCGAAAGGAUUGCAUUCUAUGGCAUCACGUCCAAUCUGGUCCUUUUCCUCAACAGCAGUCCCUUUUAUUGGGAGGGUACCCAGGCGAGCCAGACACCCCUGAUGUUCAUGGGCGUUACUUACCUGAUUUCACCAUUUGGAGGCUGGUUGGCGGAUGCAUACUUUGGGAAAUUCUGGACAAUUGCUUCAAGUUUGAUCCUAUAUUUUCUUGGCAUGAUGUUUUUCCCUUUUAUUUCUAAUGAUGACACGAGGAUACAACUAUGUGGAGAGGUGUUGGCGUUUCCUGUCCAACCCACUGAGUGUCUGAGCAUGAACACGACCAUUCCAAGCAAUGUCACCUGCCCUAUUCGCACCCCGUACUGUGGCCCAGCAGUUUACGGUGGACUUUUUUUAAUUGCACUCGGUGUGGGUACCGUGAAGUCCAACAUCACUUCCUUUGGGGCGGACCAGGUCAAAGACAGAGGACCGGAGGCCACACGCAGGUUCUUCAACUGGUUCUACUGGUGCAUCAAUUUAGGAGCCAUCCUGUCUCUGGGAGGUGUGGCCUACAUACAGCAGAACCUCAGCUUUGAGCUCGGCUACAUCAUUCCCACGGUGUGCCUCGGGAUCUCCUUCCUGGUCUUCCUCCUGGGCCGUACCGUCUUCAUCACCAAGCCUGCUGACGGCAGCGCCUUCACGGAUAUGUUCAAGAUCCUGACCUCCGCCUGCUGCUCGAAGAAACCAAAGGAGCCGAACCUGCUCCGCAACAAAGCAACCCUGCUCGACGGUGCCAAAGUGACCUAUGGAGGAAAAUAUCCGGAAGAGAAAGUAGAGGAAGUGAAAUCCCUGGUGAAAAUCCUCCCCGUGUUCUUUGCCCUUAUCCCAUACUGGACCGUGUACUUCCAGAUGCAGACAACAUACGUCCUGCAGAGCCUCCAUCUGAGGAUUCCUGACAGUGCCUCAAACAUCUCUGCUGACUCCCACCAGAUGACGUUCCGCUUCCCUGCUGCCUGGCUCACCAUGUUUGACGCAGUGCUCAUCCUCAUGCUGAUUCCCCUAAAGGACAAAGUGGUGGACCCCAUCCUGAAACGCCGUGGCCUGCUGCCCUCCUCUCUGAAGAGGAUUGCAGUGGGGAUGUUCUUUGUUAUGUGGUCGGCCGUGGCAGCGGGUAUUUUGGAGACCAAACGCCUGGAUAUUAUCAAAUCAAGUGGUACCAUAGACCAGGUGUUUGGCAACGUUAUCUACUACGCGGCAGAUUUACCCAUAUGGUGGCAAGUGCCUCAAUACGUGCUGAUAGGAAUCAGCGAAGUGUUUGCCAGCAUUGCAGGUCUGGAGUUUGCAUAUUCUGCAGCCCCCAAGUCCAUGCAGAGCGCCAUCAUGGGGCUCUUCUUUUUCUUCUCUGGGAUUGGCUCCUUCGUGGGCUCCGGUUUGUUGGCUAUUGUCUCCCUCAAGGAGAUUGGCUGGAUGUCAUCCCACAAAGACUUUGGUAAUAUCAACGACUGCUCUCUGCACUACUACUUCUUCCUCCUGGCAGGGAUCCAGGGCGUCACCUUGCUGGUCUUCCUUAUCGUCUCCUUCAAGUACGACAAGCCGAAGGGCAGAGCGGGAAGCCAGAGGCAGAGCCGCGUCUCCUCUUGACCGGCUCACGUCCCCCUCAGCAUUCCUGCCUCCAUCGCUCGUAUCACUCGGUGCCCAAAGACCCUGCUGAAGCGGUACUUAUCGAAUCCUACAAGGGUUUGGUUUACCUCGGUCACAAAUUGCCUGGUCAAAACUGUGUUUCGUAUUUAUGUUUAUUUUAGCUUUUUAAGUGGUGACUCUUUAUCCUGUGUUUUACAACGAUCAUGGUUUUACAUAACUGGAUGACUCCACAGCUACCACUGAAAGUAUAGAGAUUAUGUUGUUUCUACUGUACUCCCUGACUCCUGUGGCCUUUCUUUGAUCAUUUGCACUUGACUUGAGGAGCGGUAGCAUAAAAAUAAGCGAUAUCUAGAUAUUUUCUUAUGACGAAGAAUGCGCAGUAGUUUUUAUAGUUGAAUUUUUUACUGUUUGUGCUCUAACAAAGUUUCAUUUUAGGUCAUUUGCUAACCAUUUAACUGAGUAUUUAAAUGAUUUCUGGACUGAUGUGAAAUGUUGUGCAUUAAAUGUACAGUGUGCAUUAUUUCUUGAUUAUAAUUACCCCUGUUGGGCUUUUCAAGAACUUUAAGUGCCUAUGCAGUUGCAUCAUUGUGAUUGAAUGGGACGUGUUUUUACUGGAGGUGAUUUUAUGUUGUUGCAGAAUGAUUGAUUUUAAUGACAGAAAAGGCCUCUUGUUUGGUGAGACUCCAAAGAAACUCACUUACAAUUAACUUUUCUAUUGUUUCAACUGUAAUUUUGAGAGAAAAUCUCCCACAUUUGUUACCACAUACUGUAAAUCGACAUAAGUCAAAGCUUAUAAAUCCUCUAUUAGUCCUCAAACAGACCCAUACAUGAAUAAUAAUAACGCAUGUUAAAAAGACUCCAUGACUAUGAAGCUUCACAGGAGUUUUUCAUUUCUGGUCAAUCUGCAAAACUGCACGACAAACAACUAAUUAGAAAUGAGCCGUAAGCUUAACAGUCAACCUUGAGUGUAGAGUAGAAUAUCCUCUGCUUUUAAUGCUCCGAUCAUGAUUUAAAAAAGUGCAGACGUAAGAUAUAAAAAUGAAACGUAGCCCAUUCAUAGGGAUAUCUUCUUUAAAGUUCAAAUUCCAUAGCUAAAUAAAGCACAACUUUCACAGUAUUUGUUGUCAGGGACGUUUUACAGUGUUGCCUGUAAUUCUUUAAAAAGAAGCUUCUUUAUUUGUUGUAUUUAUUAGACUGUGAUGCAUUUGUUCAGCUUUAUACUGUUCAGAAGAAAGCUUGUAUGUGAGUAGGUAUAGCACAAGGUACUGAACUAUUUUAUUAAAACAAGAAAACUCAGGGCUCAAGGAAUAGUGUAACGGCACACAUAAAACAAGAAGCACUUUCUUGUGUUUAAUUGGUCAGAUAAUUAGAUUGUCCUUGUUUUAUUGUAUAUUCCAUUCUUUGUCAUUUCAGUUCUCAUCAGAAACAUUUGACAUAUAUUUUGGAAUAAUACUCUGUUUUCAUGAUGCUCCAGAACAGAGAUAUUUGUUGCCAUUAUUAAAGUAUAUUAACUGGA